UACCAGCCCCUCCGGAAGGCUGUUCAAGAGAUCCGACUCCCAACCAUCGCGGCGAGCGGGGAUGAGGCUAACCCUAUUGAAUGCGCCAUGGAGAGCGUAGCGUCUACUCAAGCACCUCGCUUCCUUGCGCUCUCGUAUCUGUGGGGAGACGCGAGUACGACACACGAGAUUGUACUGAACGGCAACAAGUUCCCUGUCGCGACGAACCUACACCUAACACUUAUAGCCCUGCGCCGCCGCCCCAUGGUCGACCACGUAUGGAUCGACGCCCUCUGCAUCGACCAGUCGUCCAACGACGAAAAGAGCUCGCAGGUAGCGCUCAUGGGAAACAUCUACUCGCGCGCAGCCCAAGUCCUAAGCUGGCUCGGCCCGGCCGCUGACGAUAGUGAUGCCGCCUUCGAGCUCGUGCGCCGC